CAUGAACUUGCUGACGAAGAGAGUGGAGUUCACCCUCAUCCUCAAAGCCGUACUCUGGUUUUCUAAGGAGCACAUCGAUGGUGCCGCGGUUACGUGAAAAGGGCGGAAUUCCGGUCUAUUAUUCAUCUGGUCCUAGGGUGCUCGCCUUCGACUCAAUCUGUCCAUGGUGGGUCCAUGGUGGAUGCCCUCUCUCGUUCGAUUGCCGAUGCUGGCUCAAACACCAAAUCCACAGAUGAACACCAGCAAACUGUAACAGGUAGAGACACGGGCACUCGUCUCAUGUUAUCCGCGCCGACCACAGGCAACGCUACCAACGCUGCAUCCGGAUGUUCUUGCCUUAGUGAUCGCGGCGAGUCCCAGCGACGCGGCUCGCUGGCGAGAAGAGUGGCCAGUUCGUCUUCGUCCUCAAACCCGUACACUGGCUUUUCGAUCCGCGGGGGUGCGUCGAUGGAAUCACGGAUAAGCGGGAAAUGUGGAAACUUGGUCCCCUGAUGGCCAAGCUCUCUCGUUCGGUAGUUGACGCUGACUGAACUCCAAACCUGUAGAGGAAAAUCAGUGGACUGAAACAACUAGAAAUGCAAGUACUCGGCUCAGUGUCCGUGCCAACCACAGGUGACACCAAAUCCAAAUCGUCUGGUCCUAGGCGCAAAAUAAAUCAGUGAACAACGUAAAAGGAAGGUACUUAUAUUGCAGAACUGAAGCGCCGGAUAGCUUAGCUCAGUCCGGGUGCAAACGUUUUCUGGAGAGACAUUUCCAGAAAAGGCAUCCGACCUCUCUUCCCGAACAGCCUCAAAAACGCUCGAAAGCCUUAUGAUGUCUGCACGACGUGCAGCCUGCCCGACAGGUAGCAACCCAGGAUGCCAUGUUGCCAUGGAUGGUAAACCACGUUAAUUCAUUGUCGCUAUCGACCUCAGUGGAGAGAUGACCUUGACCCAGCGCUAUGGUUCGCGACGACGAGAGACUCCACUGAGGCAGUCGGAAAACCUCGGCACAGACUUGCUUACGAGGAGAAUGGCUAGAUCCCCCUCCUUCUCAAAUCCGUGCUCUGGCUUCCCAUUCCGGGGAAGGACGUCGAUGGUAUCGCAUUUAAAUAGGGAGGAUGGAAUCCCGAUCUCCCGGUCACCUCGUACUUGGAUGCUUGUUUCAGGCGCGACUUGCCCCGCGUCGCCCACGAUGGACAUGCCCUUUCGUUCGAUAGCUGACACUAGUUCAGCUCCAAAUCGGUAGAGAAACGUGACGCUGAAUCCGAGUCUUCUCGUUCUAGACGCAGGGCGGUGAGCAACUUAUAAGAUGCUUAGAAAUUGGACCGCCAGAAGGUUGAGCUCAGUUCGGGCGGUAUGUUCUCUGGAUAUGCAUCUCCAGAAAACGCCCUCCCUUCGCGAACAACUUCAGACGCGCUCGAAUACCUCGGGUCUCCUUACAAUGUCUGCAUGACGCACAGCCUGUUCGAGAGGCACCAAGCCAGGACGCCAGUUGUCGGCGCUAGAGAACCACAUUGUCGCGUUAUUGUUGUCGACAUCGUCCGCGUCGUUGACCUUGGCAGGGAUGACGACCUUGACUCCGCUCUGGUGACUACGACGACGGAAUACUCCACUGAGGCCGUCGGAAGACCUUCGCACGGACUUACUAACGAGGGGGGUUGGCUAGUUCGCCCUCAUCUUCAGACCCGUACUCUGGUCUUCCAAACGGAGGGAGCGUUUCGAUGACGUCGCGUUUCAGCGGGAAAGGCAGAAUCCCGUUCUCGAGAGGCACGAGGACAACCGACUCGUUGAACGUGAUGGUGUACAUUGUACUGUACGGAAUAUGCAGAUGGAGGUUUGGUAGUAAAUGUGGGAGGUUGGGUGACGAUGGUAGGGUAAGAAUGCAAGAAGCAAUGAGUUGUUUCUCGUUCUUCAUGCCUUAUUAUAGAUAUGUCUUGUAUGUCUCAAAGCCCAUACAUAAUAUGUUGGCUCGAGCCGGAACGAGGAGAUGGCUUGUUCUGAAUCAACUGUCUUAGGUCGAGAGCGAUCUAAGAUAUAAAUAGUAGAUAAACAAUAAAUC